GCGCUUCAUUUUGGAACUGUAUAUACACAACCGAGGCGAAGCCCCAUUUUGAGAAAGCGAAAGAUAUCCAGGGAUGGCUGGACAUGGAGUUGUUGCAGAAGAUGAAGAGAGCGUUCUUAGUGGAAGCAAAGUCAAGCCAUUUGCUACCCCAAUUGAGGAACGGAGGAAUAUGAAGGACACAGGAAGGCAUAAGCCCGCUUCCCUGACUGAGAUCUUGGGCUUGAAGGACUUCUUCUCUUUGGAGGUAUGGCGAGCAUCGUUGGCGGAGCUCGUAGGCAUGGCGGUGCUCGUGUUCGCCUUGGACACCAUAGUGAUCUCCUCCUAUGAGACCAAAACCAAAACGCCGAACCUAGUCAUGUCGUUCCUCAUCGCCAUCACCGUGGCCAUCCUCCUCCUUGCCACGUCGCCUGUCUCCGGUGGCCACAUCAACCCCGUCAUCACUUUCUCUGCCGCGCUCACCGGCCUCAUCUCCCUCUCGAGGGCCACCAUCUACAUUCUGGCCCAGUGUGGCGGCGCCGUGCUCGGAGCGCUCGCGCUUGAAGCCGUGGUCAACAGCAAGAUCGAGCAAACCUUCUCCCUUGGAGGCUGCACGCUCAACAUCGUCGUGCCCGGCCCGGAGGGGCCUGUCACAAUCGGGCUCGAGUUGGUCCAGGCCCUAUGGCUCGAGAUAAUUUGUACCUUUGUGUUCCUAUUCGCGUCGAUCUGGAUAGCCUUCGAUCAUCGCCAGGCGAAAGCCCUGGGCCGGGUUGUCAUCUUCAGCAUCAUCGGAGCAGUGGUCGGGCUCCUCGUGUUCAUCUCGACCACCGUCACCGCGACGAAAGGCUAUGCGGGAGUGGGGAUGAACCCGGCGAGGUGUUUGGGCCCGGCCCUUGUGAGAGGAGGCCAUCUUUGGAAUGGGCAUUGGGUGUUUUGGGUCGGGCCGACCAUCGCUUGUGUGGGAUUCUACCUCUACGUGAAGAUCAUUCCGACGAAGCAUUUUCAUCAUGCCGAGGGUUACAAGUAUGAUGUGUUGAACAUUUUGAAGGCUCCAUUUGCUUAAAAUGAGACAUGAUGUUCCAUGUAACUCUAGAUAAUCAGGUCUUCAAUUCCGUACACCUAAAUUAUGAAAAAAUAUGGUAACUGUGCUUAGCAUUUGGGACUACAAAUGUAUUACCCCUUAUUAGCCCUUGAAGGUGUCAAAACUAAUCAGUAAUUAAAUCA